CACUAAAGAUGGAAGAGCCUUCAUUGUGGAAAAUGGAAUUGUAAAGAAAGAGUGGAAGAUUCCAAACAGUCCAGCAAUUCGAGCUGCAUGCUGGACUUCUAUGCAUAGCAUAACAAUCGGACUUGGAAACGGCCGCAUUCUGGAGUAUAACACAAACUCCAUUCAGCAACUUCGUGACUACUCACGAAACAUUGGACAGUCACCAAUAAUCAUGACAAAAUAUUUUCACUCCUCAAACAUUCUGAUGGCGUGCAGCAAUACAAGACUGAUGGCGUACAAGAAUGGACAAGAAUUUGACCUCAUGGUUCCGCGUCAAGGAGAAUUUGAUAAAAUCUUGGCCAUCUCUAUCGACGAAACAUCGCUCCACUUUGUAGUAGGCAGCAAAGCCCUGGCAUCCUGGGAAACCGAAUUUCAUCCAUCAUUCAAUUGGGCAACAUGCUUACUUCCGCUCAAAAACUCUUUGUACUCAUUCGUGUCAACAACAAACGGAAUUGCGAUCCAUGAUUGGUCGCGUACAAAAGAAGAUCUCCACGUAAAUUGCCGAGCAAGUAUUGUGGACAUUCGAGCCACGGCAAAAGACGAAUCCAGCAACAACAUUAUGGUCCUAUCCGAGAAAAACAUGGUUUAUCUCAAAUUCGGUCUUACAAGAUGCAACAACUGCAAAUAA